AUGAUUGAAUGUCUGAAUGACUGGACUGAAGCCCUUGAUAAUAAGUGUUCUUGCGACGUUAUAUAUUUUGACUUUGCGAAUUUGAUCUUAGAGUCUCACAUGAAAAAACUUUCCACCCUGUUCUCACGAAGUCAAAAUGAGCAGUCCUACUCCAAUGUUAAACAGGUGCUAAGUGGAGUACCCCAAGGUGGUGUCUUAUCACCUGCUCUUUUUAACAUUUUCACUUCCUGGUAUGCUCAGAGAAGGAAGAGAGACAUAACAGGAUUGUCGGUUGUUCUACUACAUUGA